GCCAUUACAUUAAAACCUGCGCUCUGUACCGAAGAGCACAAUUUGGCGACAUUAUCAGGCAAAGAGGUCGUAUUUCGGUGAGUCAUAAAAAAAAUUACGAAAUGGCGGAGAAAGUCGCACUUUUUGAAAAUUUCCUGAGCUGCCAUGUGUGUUCAGAGACUUUCAGAGAUCCUGUGUCUCUGAGCUGCGGCCACAGCUUUUGUUCAAGCUGCCUGCAGAAAUUCUGGGAACAAACUAAAAACAAAAACUGUCCCAUUUGUAAAAGAAAAUCUUCAAAGGAUGAACCAUCCAUGAACUUUGCUCUGAAAGAACUUGCUGACUCCUUUGCUAAGAGACACAGUGAGAGCUCACCUGAGGCAGAAAACGAGAAGGAGGAAGAGAAGGAGGAGGUGGUGUGUGAUAAACAUCCAGACGUCCCUUACUGGUACUGUGAGGAUGAAGACAGAGCUGUGUGUCCUGUGUGUGACUUUUCUCUCCACCAGACUCACAAAGUGGUUCCUGUAGAAGAAGCAGUCAGUGACCUGAAGGAGCAGCUGAAAUCUGACUUAAAGUCUCUGCAGGACAAGAGGAACAAAUACAAACAAGUGGAGGAAACAUACAAUGACGUGAGGGAACACAUGAAGAAGCAGCUGUUGUCCACAGAGAGGCAGAUCAGAGCAGAGUUCAACAAGCUCCAGCAGUUCCUGAAAGAGGAAGAGGAGUCCAGACUGGCAGCUCUGAGGGAGGAAGAGGAGCAGAAGGGGAGGACUAUCAGCAGAGAGAUGAAGAUGAUUGAGGAGCAGAUCUCCUCUCUGUCAGACAGCAUCUCUGCUGUUGAAGAAGAGCUGCAGAAACACAGCGUGCCAUUCCUCAGCAGUUAUAAAGACACUCAGAGCAGAGCCAGAGCCCAGAGCUCAGUGUCAGAUCCACAGCUGGUCUCAGGAGCACUGAUAGAUGUGGCCAAACACCUGGGCAACCUGUCCUUCAGAGUGUGGGAGAAGAUGAAGGAGAAGGUCCACUUCAGUCCUGUCAUUCUGGACCCAAACACUGCAGACUGCUGUCUCUAUCUGUCUGAUGAUCUGACCAGUGUGAGACGUGGAGACACAGAGCAGCAGCUUCCUGAUAAUCCAGAGAGAAACACUAAGUAUGCCACUGUUUUUGGCUCUGAGGGCUUCAGCUCAGGGAAACACAGCUGGGACGUGGAGGUGGGAGACCAUCCUGACUGGAUUGUGGGUUUAGCUAAAGAGUCAGUUGACAAAAAUGAGCCAUUUGUUUCACCAGAAUAUGGAGUCUGGUGUUUAACACAUCACAGUGGGGAGUACACCAAUGGUGCUGGUCAGACUGUGACAGUGAAGAAGAGUCUCCAGAGGAUCAGAGUCCAGCUGGACUAUGACAGGGGGGAGGUGUCCUUCUAUCACCCUGAAGACAUGACUCACAUCUACACUUACAGAGACACUUUCACUGAGAAACUCUUCCCAUUUUUUAACAUUGAAGACACCAAAACCUCUGAUAUCAAAAUCUGUCAGACUGAGAUUUCUCUGAAAACUGCAACGACGUCUCUGUGAACUUUUUUUCUCUUGUCUCAUCCUUUUAGUUACAGCUUGUUUUGUGGUUGUUUGUUUUUCAAUUUAGGCAACUCCUGUUUUUAUUUUUUAGGUAAGAAAUUGCAGAAAGAAAGAUUUGUAUCUGAAGCAUUUUAUACAAUGUGAUAAAAAUCAUUUUCAAAACACAGUAAAAUUAAAGGAUAAAAGUAAUUUUUGCUUUGUUUUCUUGCAAAUUCAGUUUGAAGGUCCUUAAAACUUUAUAUUUAUUUGUUCUUUUUUUGGUUGAUUUUUUCCUUUUUUGACAAAUAUAUAGCAGUUUCAAGUCAUUGGGUGUUCAUGAAACAGUUUUUACACAUUUAAACAGUGCGAAGUUGAACAAACUUCCAUGUGUCAGACAUUGAUGAACAAGCACUGAUAAAUGUCACUUUCCUUUCCUUCAUCAGUUAUUUAGAUCCAUAUCAGCUAAUAACAGCAUCGUGACAAUUUGUGUUUUAAUGGUUUCAAAAUGAUAAAUAGACUUGACUUAAAUAAUCCUAAUGUCAUCUUUUAAAACUUAACUGUCAGUGAUUCAUUUAAGUGAUUUGCUUCAUUUAAAUGUGUUUCUUAUAGCAUGUUCUCCAUUAUGUUGCAAAAUAAACCAAACUGUGUAGGUUGUCAUAAUAAUUCAGCCAUGUUUUUCUUUAAAAUGUGUCAUUGCAGAAUAAUGUUGACUGUCUGACAUUUAUUCAGUUGUAUUCAUACAAACUAAAGUUCAUUAUUGUUCCUAAGUUCUGUGUAAAUUGCUUUGUCAGAUACAGACACUGUUUUCUUUGCUACUGACUGACCCAAAGCAUUUAUUUCAUAAUUGUUGAACAUUUGUACAGUUGGAGCUGCUGUUUGUUCCAGUGUGUUUCUGUGAACUCUCACUUCAUAUUCCAGAUCACAUCAGCACAUUUAGGAUUUGGUCUUGUUAACUGUGGAUUUCCUGUUUUUCACCUGCAGAGCAGAUAUGAUGAAAAUGUCGGAAACAUGAGUUCACUGAUUUCCUGGAUUAUUUUCUGUCAAUAAAAAUAUCAAAGUCUG